CAUUCAUUUCUGAAUAUGUUAAUCUUUAGUGGCAAGGGUGAAACAACAAGAGUGUGCAAAACGUUCGCUGUUUGACAUAUAUGACGCCACAUUUUGAGUACAGACUGCUCAGGUAGGCAAACAACAAUGUAGACAAGUCUUUGGGUUCAGAUGUUUGGUCUAAAUGCGAAAGGGUUUUCCAAUUUUUUUUAUUUCACUUGGUUUAUUAUGGGGCAAUCGUUUAAAAGUGCGAAUGGCGGUUUCAAGAGGGCUAGGAUAUUACCGUUUUAUGACUGGGAGCCCAGGCAAAGGGGACGAGAAGGGAGCGACCAUACGACACAGUACGAUGAGUUCCGUGCCGCGGUACAGAAGGGUAGGCGAAAAGCUCCAUAGAGUUCAGCCUCGAGUAGGGGACGGACGUCUGAGAUGGACGUAGAUCAAUAUAUGGCUGAAAAGCAAGCAAAAACAAUUUGAUUGAACCUCAAUCGAUAUGAAAGCAACUUACGACUUACGAAGGCAUGCGACCGGUAGGUACAUGCUUAUUGAGACGUACCAAGCCAAACAAAUGCCUUCAUAUUAGCCAGUCUAAUAAUGAAAGGUCAAUCGA